CUGCAAAAGCUCCUUUUUUACUAUAUAUGGUAUACAUAUAUGGUAUAUGGUUAUUAUUGUGUCCAUAUAUUAAUAGGGGCGGUAUAUAGGAAUGAUGUUUUUGCUGCCGAUAAAUAAUGAGAGAGAGCGUGGCGAAAUCCACCCUUGAACCAGGUGGACUUUUUGGCUCGAGUUGAUCAGAUGUUAGUUUUCCCAAAAGCCGUACCCUAUAUAAAAUAUGUGAUAAAGGUGUGUGUGUGAGCGAUCGAGAAAGGGACACCCAGUCUAGGGGAUGAAAAGUCAGGCCCUUUACAUAAGGGAUACGCAGGACCUCAAAUGCCUUCUGUUUUGUGUGUGCGUGUGUGUGUGUGCUCUGUGACUGUGUUGUGUGUGUCAGUCAACGAAGUCACUUCCGUUGGGUUUGCGUUUUAGUUCGAGUUCGGAGUUUAGGGGCACGCGACACAGAGCGCCAGCAGCUGUCCUGAUGCAAGGACACGAAAAGCAUAUUACAUCAGUCACCAUUUAACAUUCACUCAAGAAGGACUAACGUGCUAAAAGUACACCCGCAAUCGCCACCAGUGUUUCUCCCACCCACAUAAAGCCAGGAAUUCAAAAACAAAAUCAUGGCUGCCUUGAGCUUCAGCCCAUCACCUCCUCCAAAGGAAAACCCCAAGGAAAACCCCAAUCCAGGAAUGAAGACCACGCUGAAACCUUUUGGAAAGAUCACCGUUCACAAUGUGUUGAGUGAAAGUGGCGCCAACGCCUUGCAACAGCAUAUAGCCAAUCAGAAUACCAUUAUUCGAAAGAUCCGGGACUUUGGCAUGCUGGGUGCUGUACAAAGUGCCGUGGCCAGCACAACGAACACCACACCCAUACCCAGUCAACGGAAGAGGCCCCUGGGAGAGUCCCAAAAGCAGAACCAACAGAACCUGCAGAAUCAACAGCCCACUAAAACUUCAGUGCCUGCCAAAAAGUGCAAGACCAACAAGAAGUUGGCGGUGGAAAAGCCCCCAAAAGCAGCAGCUAUAAGCCAUCAAAAUAAAAGCCAAGCCGAUCAGAGUUUCGGAACACCUGGAAGAAAGGGUUUGCCUUUGCCACAAGCCGUUGCCCGUAGAAACGCCAGGGAAAGGAAUCGCGUAAAGCAGGUUAAUAAUGGAUUUGCUCUACUGCGCGAGAAGAUCCCGGAAGAAGUUUCCGAGGCUUUUGAGGCCCAGGGGGCGGGAAGAGGAGCCAGCAAGAAGCUAUCCAAGGUGGAGACCCUCCGCAUGGCCGUGGAGUAUAUAAGAAGUUUGGAAAAACUGCUGGGAUUCGAUUUUCCACCCCUCAACAGUCAGGGGAAUAGUUCUGGAUCCGGCGAUGAUAGUUUUAUGUUUAUCAAGGACGAAUUCGAUUGUCUGGAUGAACAUUUCGACGACUCCUUGAGCAACUACGAAAUGGAGGAGCAACAGCCAGUCCAGCAAACUUUGUCCGAGGAAAUCCCAAUCCCUCCGCAAGCCACUGAUCUCCUGCCUAGUUUAACUACCUUGAAUGGGUUGCAAUACAUCAGAAUACCGGGGACCAACACCUAUCAACUGCUAACGGCUGAAUUACUGGGCGAUUUGAGUCACGAGCAAAAACUGGGAGAAACAGCUGCCUCGGGCCCGUUAUCGCGAUCGCCCGUGCCACAAAAGGUGGUAAGAAGUCCCUGCUCCUCGCCAGUUUCACCUGUCGCCUCGACUGAGUUGCUGUUACAGACGUGUGCCACACCGCUGCAGCAGCAAGUAAUUAAACAGGAAUACGCCAGCACUACCAACAUUAGCAGCAGCAGCAACGCACAGACUUCCCCGCAGCAGCAGCAACAGCAACAGCAGCAGCAGCAGCAGCCUCAAGUUCAGAACCUGGGAUCGUCGCCUAUCUUACCCGCGUUCUACGACCAGGAACCCGUGAGUUUCUAUGACAACGUAGUACUGCCCGGAUUCAAGAAAGAGUUCAGCGACAUUUUGCAGCAGGAGCAGCCCAACAACACGACCGUCGGCUGCCUUUCGGACGAGAGCAUGAUCGAUGCCAUUGACUGGUGGGAGGCACAUACACCCAAGUCUAAUGGUGCAUGCACCAAUCUGUCCGUUUAGCCUAGAUAGCCUGUCCUGUCCUCACGCAUCUCUAAUCUCUAAAAAAAACAAUUAACAAUUACUUUUUUAGCAUAUUUUUAAAUGAUUUGAAGUCCUCGCAGACUUCCGUGGCAGGCCAUUCUAUCAAAAGUUUUUUUUAACCAAGCCGUGACUGAGUCAUUGUGUAAAUAGCAAUUUAAGCCGAGAAAGGAAGAUAACUUCGGCCAGCCGAAGCUUAUAUACCUUUGCUGUUAAAACCAUGUCUUUAAUAUGAAAGGUCACACACUUUGGAUGAAGUUUAAUCUAAGAACACAGCAGAUUAAAAGUCAUCUAGUGAUAUAAACCAAAUCGAAAUAACCUUCUAAGACCCAAACACAAAAUAGUUAUCCUGCUAAACGGCUUAAUGUUGAGCCAGACUAGUGUCUAAUAUUUUACAAAAAUUAAUGUAUCAGUGUAAGCAUAUUUUUUUUGUAGAUUUAAUUGUAGGAACGUUAAAAUGGCAAGCAGAUAACAUAUGCUUUUGAAUAAAUGCAAAUAAAUAUGAACAUUUCUAAAAACUUGAA